CUUCAGGAGCUUUAGGAGAUUGUGUUUCUUCUCGUGCUCGAGACUCCAUUACUAUUGUCUGCGUGUCUUCACCAGGUACCUUCAGACCGGUUCGAGAGGUUUGGCCUAGCGUGGAAUGAGCAGUCAUAACUUUAACAAGUGGAAGGAGCAGGAAGUGAUCUUCCUCAGCUGAAGCGACGCUGCGACACAAUGGCAUCUCUUGUCCGGGACUCCAUACUGAAUGACGGCAACGGGAAUUCAUAGGACAUGGCUGGAAUUCCACCGGAUUCUUGGCAACCCCCCACAGUAUCGCUGGACACAACGAUGGGAACUGUCGUGCUAGAACUGUACUGGAAUCAUGCGCCAAAAACAUGCAAGAAUUUCGCAGAGCUGGGCAGAAGAGGUUAUUACAACAACACCAAGUUCCACCGCAUCAUCAAAGACUUCAUGGUUCAAGGAGGCGAUCCAACAGGAACAGGUCGUGGUGGUGCAUCUAUAUAUGGCAAGCAGUUUGAAGAUGAAUUGCAUCCAGAGUUAAAAUUUACAGGUGCUGGAAUUCUCGCAAUGGCCAAUGCAGGGCCCGAUACAAACGGAAGCCAGUUCUUUCUCACAUUGGCUCCCACGCAGUGGCUGGAUGGGAAACACACUAUAUUUGGACGGGUCUGCCAGGGCAUUGGAGUUGUUAAUCGUAUUGGCAUGGUUGAAACCAACAGUCAGGACCGCCCAGUGGAUGACAUUAAAAUUCUCAGAGUGAAUCUACCUAUCUAAGACGUCUGCUUGCAUAACUUUUUAUGCCUUAUUUUUGUAC